AUGUCUGGCAUGGGCCAGGCUUCUUCCCAAGGUCAACAAGACAAGAGUGAUCACUCUCAAAAUGGAGAGGAGCAGAACGCUGGCGAUGUGCCGAUUUACUACCAUUGUGCUCCAGGAUCAUCAUAUUUUGAAGAUGAAAUGUAUAUGCGAGAAGUAGGUGACAUCGUUGAUUCAUUUUACCCUUCCGUGGCUUCGCCUGCUAUCUCAAUACCGGACGAAGAAGUGCCAGAUGAAGAAAGACCAAAUGAAGCAAUACCAGAUGAAGUAACUCCACCUGGGCAAGAAGCGAACUCUCAGACACAGUCUGAUACUCCUCCCGAAUUUUUAGACGGUGCACCAGGACCUUCCGUCACUUUAGAUCCUACUCCAUCCCCAGACGCGAGCUCUCCUCCGCCAGAGCCUCUCCACGACGAACCCUCGUCUUCGACCACCUCCACCACAGCCUCAACGCCAGAAGAAGUAACACUAGGUAGCCCAGAAGAGAACCCUCCAACAAAUUCUAAUUCUCUUCCUGAAUCUUCAGAAAGUGCAUCUGAAUCCGCCGUUACUUCAGACCCUACUCCACCCCCAGGCUCCAACCCUCCUCCGCCAGAACCUCUCGUCGACGAACCCUCGUCCUCGCCCUCCCCACCACAUCCUCAACACCAGAAGAACUAA